AUGAAUUCACCAGAUUUAUGUUUUCAUGGAUUGCGAAAAAGAGGUGGGUGUACUAAUUAUGUUGGUCAACAUUUUUAUAUAUUCUCUGAAUAUUUUAAUUCCACUUAUUAUUGUGGACCUUCAUGUCUAGUUAAUCAUUUAGGUAAUAUAUCAACAACUAACUGGAGAGAAAUGCACAAAACUUCUCAUAGUGAAGAGAAUAAUCCUAAUGAAGGUGAAGUUACAGCUGAGGAUGAAGAUGGUACAGGCCAAGAUGAAGAUAAUGGUACAGCCGGAGAUAGAGGUAGAAAUGGUGUUGCUAGAGGCGGUGGUAUUACUAGAGAUUUCCAAUUAAUUACAGGUUCUCAUUCUGGUAAUUCAAUUUUUCAAUUACUAAAGAUCCCAAUAGAGUUUUUUGAAUUAAAAAUCAAAAUUAUUGCCACUGCGACCGAUAAUGCUUCUAAUAAUAUAACAAUGUCCGAUGCUCUUGAAAACUUUGCAACAAAAAUAGCAUCAAAAUAUAACCCAAAUACUCCAUUCCAAGUUGGUGUCACUAGAGGCAGAGGAAGAGGCAGAGGUGGUUCUACUAUUAGAAUGAGAGGAGCAAAUAAUAUUGGCAGUUCCGCACCAAUAGAAGAGAGGUUAGCACGUGGUCACUGGUUUGAUAAAAAUGAAUUCAUAGUUUCAAACAGUUUUACUGUAUUUAUGGAUGGUAAUCUAACUCCAACAAGCAGCGCACCUAUAAAACAAUAUAGAAACAAUAUGCAUAGUGGUAAAGAAAAAAUAGAAUGCAUAUCGACAAUUGGUAUUGUUGAUGGAACAGGAAAAUUUCAAUAUCUCUCUCAUUCUUUCCAAGGAUCCAUACCUGAUCAAGUAUCAUUAAAUUUUCUUAGUCUAGUAGAUGUAGUUGGUUUGCUUACAGAUGAUGAAUUUUUGGUUGCUGAUGUAGCAUUUCCUAAAAUUGGGCAAUAUUGUAAAAAUGUUAUAUUUCAAAAAUAUCCAAAAAAUCCAAAAUAA